AUGAGUGACUCGAAAGCUUCCUUGCCUAUUACGGAGGCUACUCUUACGGAUGGGUCCACUAUUGCUGUCAACGACCAUGUCUAUCUUCAACCAGAACACUUGGGGGAAUGUUACUACAUUGGACGUGUCAUGGAGUUUUGUGGUGGCAAUGCCAAACGACGAGGUCUCCAAGCUCGCAUUGCCUGGUACAAUCGUCCCAAAGAUGUCAUGGGUGGCCGGUCCUAUGAUCCCCGUCUUCUUGUUGCGACCAUGCAUUCCGACUUGAACCCAGUGUCUUCUAUCCGAGGCAAGUGUACAGUGACGCACAAGCACUAUAUCCCAAGGGGGAAGCUCGAGCAAUACAAAAAGCAAGACAAUCAUUUCUAUUAUCAUCAACUCUAUGAUCGUUACAUGCAACGCCUUUACGACGUGAUCCCAUGCGAGUUGGUUCAAAACGUGCCCACCAAUGUACAAGAAGCCCUUUAUGAACGCUAUCAGUUUAUCGUUGUCGAGCAAGGAAAGGCAUCAGCCGAUUUGACAGUGGCAAGACGUACAUGCUGUGUGUGUCAUGAUUGGUGUGCAAGUGCAAGCUCUGUAAAGUGUGCAGCAUGUCAGAACAAUUAUCACAUGUCAUGUGUCAAUCCACCAUUGUCAAGGAAACCACCAAAGGGCUUUGCAUGGCAAUGUGCCUUUUGUUCUCGCAAAGAAUUUCAGGACGUCGACAACACUAUCAAAUCACAACAACAAUCCAAUAAGCCAGCGCCUCGUACAACAAAUGCGACCACGACCAAAGCCGUUGCUAAGCGACAAACACGUACUUCCGCUCGUAUCCAAUCGCAACAAUCGAUGCCUUCUGCAACAGACAAAAUCAUGGAUACCAAUAAUCCUUCACAUCCAACACCACCACCACCACCACCAUUGUCGGACACCAAGUUGAAUGCUUCUAAUGAGAAAGAUCGUCCACCACACCACGAUGGUAUGCGAAUGACACACAUGUGGCCAUUUCGAUACUUUGGCUUCCACACGGACAUGCAAGACAUUCUCGACAUUGAUGAUCGGAUAUAUCCUCGUGCACGUAGUCGUAUUGGUCCAAGAUACCAAGCAGAGCCAAUUGAUGAAUUCACCACCGAACCACCCUCACGACAUGCUACACCAACAACAACAUCGUCACCACCACCAUCAUCCCUUCGAGCUGCUACUGCCAAUAAAGGAAGAGCAAAGAGGGUGGAAAAACGAGGAAGACCUCGAAAGAAGCGUACGGAGGCUAGCCCUGACAUCCCUGAUGAUGAUAUACAAGAAGGACCUGUUGAACGAGGCACCGAUGCUACAGUGACCCCACUUUUUAGCCAGCCAUCAAGAUUGGAUGAAGCAACAUUGGACAACUACAUGACACAGGCCAUGUCACUUCCAACAUUCACGCUACCCGUUUGCCAAGUGGAUUUGAAGACGCGCAUUAUUGAAGAAUUGGAACGCCAUGAUUACAAUACGCAAGAUGCUCUUGAUGCAGUAUCCAAGUUGACAUUGGAUGAUUUCCCGCGUGCUGUUGAAUGGACCCCUGAAGAAGUUGAAUCGUUUGAAAAGGCUAUUACGUUGUAUGGUCAUGAUCUUUUCCGAGUGGGACGCAAAGUGCCUAGCAAAAAGCAUGCGGAUGUGGUGCGUUACUUUUAUCAAUGGAAAAAGACCGAUCGCUAUGAGCCUGUGUAUUCACAAUGGACGACGAUUUACAAACCCACCAAACGAUUCAAAAAGUUUAUUGACAACAAAAUGGUGAUGGCAGAGGAAGAGCAGCAGCACGCUACUACGAUGAUGAUCACCGAAGAAGAUGACGAUGAUGAUGAGAGUGAUUCAGAGCAUGAUGCUACCGUGGUUCACGUGGAUGCACAGACCAUGCGCUCCUUUCAAUGUGCCAAUUGCCUUGCCAUGGAUUCAAUUCGAUGGAGACGUAUGCCAACGGAUAUCGAUCGCAAACGUAAACAAUUUCGUCAAGUCUUGUGUGAUGCAUGUGGUGAAUAUUGGCUUAAAUAUGGUGUCAUGCGCAAAACACCGGCCAUGGUGGAGAAGCAUGCUUUACAAAAAGGAGGUGCUGGUGGUGCUGGUAACAUGAAACGAGGAGGAGCAAACACCAUCAUCAAGGAUCUUCCAACACCAAUGCCUAUUACAACGCUGCAAACGGUGAAUGGUAAUGGUUCCAUGAAACGUAAACGUGUCAAUUCUGGCUUGAUGGCGGCCAAGAAACGGCUCAUGUUUGAACCGAUCCCGUGCGCUGUAUGCACUAUUCUAGAACCACAUGAUCCUUUGUUUAUAUGCUACGAUUGUGGAAUGUCUGUGCAUCGAGACUGCUAUGGUAUCUCACAAGCAUCCAAAGACAAUUGGAUAUGCAAUGUAUGCGAAAACAAGAGGAACCCUACAGCUUCCUAUCAUUACGAGUGCAUUCUCUGUAAGGAACCCUCCUCCUCAUCAGCACAUCAACAGCCAUUGAAAAAGACGUCUUCAUACAAUUGGGCCCAUGUUUUAUGUGCCAUGUGUAUACCCGAAAUCAAAUUUGUCGACGCUGCACAUUUGGAUACCAUUGAAUACGUUCCUGCUAUUGACGCGUGGCGAUGGGAUAAGGUGUGUCACUUGUGCCAACGACAAGACGGCGCAUGUGUCAAAUGUGGUGAAUGCGAAAAGGCAGUGCAUGUACAAUGUGCGAUCCAGCAUGGCUAUAACGUGGGUUUCGAGAUCAUGUCCUCUUUAGGUUCAGAAGGAGCUGCUGUACGUGCUGGUCGUUUUGGAAAUCAUGGACAAGGCGAAAUGAUACCGCAAGUGUGUUGCCCUGAGCAUAAUUUAUCUCAUAAACAAUGGAUCCAAUUAUCAGCAAGAGAUGUCGACAAUGGCGAGUCAUGUAUCAGUGUCUACGCCACCUUGUACAAGCAAGUGGAACCGGGAACGACACCUGCUAUGCGACGUUACAAGGCCCUUGUUCUAUCAUCCGGUGCACCUUAUAGUCCGCCCUACAAACAAGAACCCUUACCUUUGACCUUUCAAUCGGAUACCUCUACUACUACUACUACUACCUCAUCAUCCUCAUCACCUGCUAGCCCACCUCCCAGUACACCUUCUUCUUCUUGGCAACCCACAUGCAGCCAAUGCCCCGUCGAGAUCUCACCCAUGUGGUGGCCAUCGAUAGACGAUCCAGAGUCUGGAAAGAUCAUUUGCCAUCGCUGUUAUUGGAAGCAUCGGCAGGAGGCAUCGUCAUCAUAA